AAAACUUUCUCACAGCAUAUUGAUACAUUGUUUAUAAACAAACAUUGGCACAUAUAAAGAGGGUUUGGGUGGGAUAUUAUUAGUUGAAUUCUGUAGGAGUAUCAGUCAACAUGAGCAAAAGGUAUUCUGUUCAUGAGGUGCUAGAUCAUAUCUUUGGUAAUGAUGGUGAUCUUGAGGAGAGAGAGGGAAGUGAAGCUGAGGAGGAUGUGUCUGAGGAGGAGGAUGAUGUUCAGUAUGACCCUGAACAAGACCAAACAUCUGAUGAGGAGGACCCAGAUGUCACAGAUGCUCAAGGAGAGGUCUUCAAGUCAAAAAAAGGUGACAUUUCAUGGUUAUCAAGCCCUCCUCAAACCCAAGCCAGGGCACCGAUGGAAAACAUCCUCAGAAUGACUCCAGGGCCUACUAGAUACGCUGUGUCACACGCCCAAGACAUCAAGUCAACGUUUGAACUGUUCUUUCCACGACCUAUUCAGAGUAUCCUACUUGAGAUGACCAACAUGGAAGGGAGAAGAGUGUUUGGUGAUAGCUGGACGGAGAUGGACAAAACACAGCUAGAUGCGCACAUGGGACUGUUGCUUCUUGCGGGGGUGUACAGAUCCUGUAAUGAAGCUACGGCCAGCUUAUGGGAUAGUGAGUCAGGACGCCCUAUUUUUCGUGCCACAAUGUCCCUUCAAGCCUUUCAUGUGUUAUCAAGAGUGCUACGUUUUGACAACAGGGAGACCAGAGUUGCUCGUCGUGAGAAUGACAAGCUUGCUCCCAUCAGGGAGGUUUGGGACAAAUGGGUGGAAAAUUUACCCUUUGUGUACAAUCCUGGGCCAGAGGUGACAGUGGAUGAACGGCUAGUCCCUUUCAGAGGCCGCUGUCCCUUCAGGCAGUACAUGCCAAGCAAGCCUGGAAAAUAUGGGAUCAAAAUAUGGGCAGCUUGUGAUGCAAAAACUGCCUAUGCAUGGAAUAUGCAAAUAUAUACCGGAAAAUCUGCCACCGGAGUGCCAGAGAAGAACCAGGGCAAGCGGGUCGUCCUGGACAUGACCAAGGGUCUUCGGGGGCACAACAUAACUUGUGAUAAUUUUUUUACCUCCUAUGACCUUGCGCAAGAGCUUCUAAAGAGGAAGCUGACGAUGGUGGGAACAGUCAGGAAGAACAAACCUGAGCUUCCCUUAGCUCUUCUUGGAACGAAAGACAGGGCUCCUCUCUCAUCCAAGUUUGCAUUCUCAGAAAGAACCACAGUUGUCUCCUACUGUCCCAAAAAGAACAAAAAUGUCAUUCUGAUGUCAACUCUCCACAGGGAUGCUGGUGUGAGCAGUAGGGAGGACAAGAAGCCAGACAUGAUCCUGGAUUACAACAAGAACAAAGGUGGUGUUGACAACCUGGACAAGGUCACCGGCACAUACACAUGCAAGCGGGGGACAAAAAGGUGGCCAAUGGUUGUGUUCUACAACAUGCUGGACGUUUCGGCAUACAACGCAUAUGUAGUGUGGACUGAAAUAGAUCCAGGAUGGAAUGGAGAAAAACCUUUCAAGAGGAGGCUUUUUCUGGAGGAGUUGGGCAAGUCUCUGGUUUCUCCCUAUAUCGAAAGACGAAAGAGGCUGCCCCGAACCGAAGCGUCUGUUCGUUUGGUGAAAGGGCUUCAGCCAACACUCACAUCAUCAUCCUGUGAUACAAACCAGGGAGGAGAUUCCAGGAGCAGCAAGAGGAAGAGGUGCCAGUCCUGCCCCGCCAACAAGGACAGGAAGUCCAACACCACUUGCCACACAUGCAAGAAAUUCAUUUGCGCGGAGCACACAGUAACCAUCAAAUACUGUGAUUCAUGCAUUUGAACACACACACACACACACACACACACACAGUUAAAGUUUCUGAUGCUAAGUUUCAUGGUUCAUAAGUUCAUAAGUUCAUUCAGAGUGACUCACCUGCACUAACAUCAUAUUAUUUUUCAAUGUUCAGUUUAUGGUUAAUGCAGGCGCACACACACACACACACUGUUGU